AUGUCGCUUCAAAACUACGUUAAUAAGAAAAUAUGCGUCAUUACUACAGAUGGCCGCACAUUAACAGGUCUGCUCCUGUCUUGUGACCAGCUCACAAACCUGGUUCUGAAUGAGACCAUUGAGCGCGUAAUUCGACCUGCUGAUGACGAAGAGCCGAGUUCCGAGGUCGAACAUGGACUUUAUCUUAUUCGAGGCGAAAACGUUGCCAUAUGCGGACUGGUGGACGAAGAGAUUGACAACAGUAUAAACUGGGAGCAAGUACGCGGAAAUGUCAUUGGAGGUGUGAAGCACAUAUAA